AUGGCUCCUCGUUCGCUUUUGUCGUGUUUUUCUCUGGGCAUCGUUGGAUUGCUGGCAAUUGGUGCCAACGGUGAGGAUACUUUGGAUUAUGAUGUGUUGGAGUAUAUAAACCCGCUUAUUGGAAGUGCCGGAGGAGGCAAUGUCUUCGCCGGCGCGUCAAUGCCUUACGGCAUGGCCAAAGCCGUCGCCGACACGGACUCCCCGACUAACCAGGGGGGAUUCGCAUACGAUGGCAGCAACAUCACCGGUUUCUCGGGCUUACACGACUCAGGCACCGGAGGAUCCCCAUCGCUCGGAAACUUCCCUCUAUUCCCAUACGUGAAGUGCGAUAACGACGACGUCAAUGGCUGCGUCUAUCCCAAGAAAGAGCGCAAGAUCGGCUACGAUCCUAAUUCCGUGACUGCGAGUCCUGGGUAUUUUGGAUUAACGAUGAAUUCGGGGAUUAUGGUGGACAUGACUGCAUCCCAUCAUACAUCACUUUUUCGUUUCCGCUUCCCGAGCGAGAGUGACGCGAGUCCGUUGAUCUUGCUAGAUUUAACGGAUUUGUCGGAUAGCAGGCAGGAUAACGGGACUAUCUCUGUUGAUCCAUCUACAGGCCGUAUAACAGGCCAUGCGCGUUUUCUGCCGAGCUUUGGAAGCGGUUCUUAUGUUCCUUACUUCUGCGCGGACUUUCAGAGCGAGGCAGGGUUACGGGAUAAUGGGAUUUUCGUCAACUCUCGCGCUAGCACGGAUGUCAAGGAUCUCAACAUUUCUCGCAGCAUAAAUGGAUAUCCACUUCCGGGCGGCGCAUUCGUCAGAUUCAACUACACACCCGACCAAACCAUCCAAGCCCGCGUCGGUACCAGCUUCAUCAGCAGCGAACAAGCAUGCAGAAGUGCUGAGGCCGAAAUCUCAGGUUUCAACUUCCCAGGAACACAUUCGGUCGCUUUGGGCAUGUGGACGGAGAAGAUGGCUCCUAUUAGAGCAUCGAGGAAGGGAGUGAACUCGUCUCUUUUGACGAACUUUUAUAGUGGAAUUUAUCGUACUAUGAUUAAUCCGCAGGAUUAUACUGGGGAGAAUCCGCUGUGGGAGAGUUCGGAGCCGUAUUUUGAUUCGUUUUAUUGCUUAUGGGACUCAUUCCGCUCUCAACUACCUUUCCUGACCAUCUUCGACCCCAAAUCCGUAACACGCAUAAUCCGCUCACUAAUCGACACCCAAAAACACCUAGGCUGGCUCCCAGACUGCCGCAUGUCUCUGUGCAGAGGCUACACCCAAGGCGGCUCCAACGCCGACAUCGUCCUCGCAGACGCCUACAUCAAAAACCUAACCGACAACAUUGACUGGGCCGCCGGCUACACCGCGGUAAAAAAGAACGCCGAACAAGAACCCUUCGACUGGUCCGCGCAAGGCCGCGGCGGGCUUGACAGCUGGAAAACCCUACACUACAUCCCCGUCGAAGACUUUGAUUAUGUUGGCUUCGGGCCGAUGACGAGGAGUGUUUCAAGGACGUUGGAGUAUGCGUAUAAUGAUUUUGCGGUUGCGCAGAUUGCGCGGGGGAUGGGGGAGGUGGGCGAUGCGGAGGUGUUUGAGGAGAGGGCUGGGUAUUGGAGGAAUUUGUUCCGGGAGGAUCAGGGGUCAUUGAUUAAUGGGGAGGAUACGGGGUUUAGGGGGUUUUUUCAGCCGAGGUUUUUGAAUGGGAGUUGGGGGUAUCAGGACCCGAUAACCUGCUCAAGCAUCGACACCAGCGGCCGCGCAUGCUCGCUCCAAAACAAUGCCGCAGAGACCUUCGAAGACAGUAUCUGGGAAUACCAAUUCUUCGUCCCCCACCAAAUGCACACCCUAAUAACCCACCUCGGCGGCCCUACCCCCUUCAUAACCCGCCUCGACUACCUGCACAACAACCACAUAACAACCAUCGGCAACGAACCCUCCUUCCUAACAGUCUUCCAAUACCACUACGCCGGCCGCCCCGCGAAAUCCACCGCACGAGCACACAGCUACAUCCCCUCCCAUUUCGCCCCCACAAUCAAUGGAUUACCCGGUAACGAUGAUAGUGGUGCAAUGGGGUCGUUUGUGGCGAUGGCGAUGAUGGGGCUUUUUCCGAAUCCAGGACAGGAUGUUUAUUUGAUUUCUGCGCCGUUUUUCGAGGUGGUGGAGGUCACCUCGCCUCUGACUGGAAAGACCGCGAGGGUGAAAACUGUGGGUUUUGAUGGGAGCUAUGAGAGGGUGUUUGUGCAGGAGGCGUUUUUGGAUGGGGAGAGGUAUGCGAGGAAUUGGGUGGGGCAUGAUUUUUUUACACAGGGGCGGGAAUUGGUGCUUGUUCUUGGGGAGGGGGAGAGUGAGUGGGGGACUGGGGAGGGGGAUGUGCCGCCUUCGUUGGGUUAG